CCCCUUCCUCCUCGCCCGUCCCGUCGCGGCCCGUCCCCCGCCAGCCGCCGGACCCGGCUCCGCCGCCGCCUGCGCCGCUGCCCGCUCCUGCCCGGCCCGGGCGCCCAGGGCUGCCGGCGUCUCCCCGUGGCCAUGCAGCGCUGCCUGUCCCGGCCGGCCGCCCCGGGCCCGGCGUGACCGUGACGCCCUGCCUGUCCUUUUCUGGGUCCAACGCCUCCGUCACUGAACAGUUUGAUGGAGAAUCGGUCGGAUGACAGCGGGAACUGUUGUUAUCACCGGGGGAAUCCUAGCGACGGUGAUCCUACUGUGCAUCAUUGCUGUGCUCUGCUACUGUAGGCUACAGUACUACUGCUGCAAGAAAGAUGACUCCGAUGAGGAAGAGGAGGAGGAGGAGGAGGAGGAAGAGGAAGAGCCCGACCUUCCCGCGCAUUCGCACCUGGGCACCUGCAACGCCUGCAGCUCCCGCAUGGUGGAUGGCCAGGGCAGCCCCGCGCCCCCCCCCAGCGAGCUCAACCAGCACGGGGCCCACAACUACUGCCCGACCUGCUCCCCCUACGCCUCCCCCUUUUACAUCCGGACUGCCGACAUGGUGCGCAACGGGGGCGAGAGGGUCACCUACACCCCCGCAUGCUACAAGGAGAUGGGGCCGCCCAUCAACAUGGCCACCUUGCAAAGCUACCCGAUGAGCCGCCACGGCCUCCUCCGUGAGAGCUUCCCCAACCCGCGGGCUAUCAGCACGGAGGUGUAGUCACCGUCGCCACUAGCACAGGGUGCCCACGGCUGGCGCCCGCUCGAGGGAAGGGGCUUUUCACUUGUCUCUGGGGGAUGGGUUCCCGCAGGGAGGACCCCGUAAACCCAGCCCCAGACCAGCACGGUCCUCCUGUGGAACCGCCCGGCAUGGCUAAGCUUUCCAGGCGAGAAGACGAGAGAGACCUCGAAGGGUGACGUUAAACCGGCCACCUCCGAACCCAUCAUAAGUGUCAUUAUUAUUCUACUCUAUCUCCUGAAGGGACUUGUCUAACGAGGGCUAUGUACAGUACAACCUAAUUUAAUUACCCCAGGCUCCCCCGGCUCCCCGAGCCCAGCACGGGGCCUCCAGUGUCCCCACGCAGCCACCCGAGGCAAUGUCCCGCCGCCUCCGGCACGCGGAGCGAUGCCUGACCACCCACCAGCUGCCGCCCCCGGCAGAUCCCGCCGCUGAGCUGGGAAUGGCAGCACUCCUCGGCGAUGGGAAAGCGAAGAAGGGAAGAUCCAGGUCGUCCUGCUCCCCUCGUACUGCGUUAGUCGCCGCUAGCAGUUAGGUUUUCUGUUCGAGUGUAAGGUAGGACACAACCUCCCACCUGCUUCGGUCUUUGCACGUGCUGAAGAAGUUCAAGACAUGAAUUUAGACUGAAUUUAGAUCACCGCCAGGGGAGGCAACGUUGCUCGCAAAACCGCUCACCUACGCAAACGGGCCCAGGCUGACCCUUCUGCAGCCAAAGCCCCCACCUCUUCUACUCUUCACAGGCUUUCUUAGGAGCAAUUUUAACUUGGACCCAUAAAAACGGCAAGAUUUUACUUACAGGAAGAGUUGUACCCCUAAAGGACUGUAGUUUUGGUCACCUUCAGCGUUCGAAGCCCUACCAGCCCACCCUGACAGUUCUGGACGACCAGAGGAAGGUUGGCUUUAGGGUGGCUUUCGCUUUCGACAGCAACAGCAGAGACCACCGGGUGCCAUCUGCUCCUCUGCAGGGCCCACAACCUCCCACCAGAGAGCGAUGUUCAGGUUGUCAGGGUCCCCCCUCUUUUGCUUUUGGAAGAAAUGGAUGCAAGACCCAAGCCCGAGUUCACCGGCUCUGCGGCUGGUAAUGACAGCCAGUGACUCCGCC